GGGAGGCAGGACGCCGGAAAUGGGUCUGUGCCGGUAGUUGCGGGGAGGGAAGAAGUGGAGGGAGGCAAAGCAGGAAAGGAGGCGGCAGCUGCGGAGGGAGACCAGUGAUUUGAUCUUCCACGAUGGGUGAACCUCAGCAAGUGAGUGCCCUUCCUGCACCUCCAAUGCAGUAUAUUAAAGAAUAUACAGAUGAAAAUAUCCGUAAAGGUAUCACCCCGAAGCCACCACCACCAAUUAAAGAUAGCUACAUGAUGUUUGGAAACCAGUUUCAGUGUGAUGAACUAAUUAUUCGACCAUUGGAAAGCCAAGGCAUUGAGCGAUUACAUCCCAUGCAGUUUGACCAUAAGAAAGAACUGAGGAAACUCAACAUGUCUAUCCUGAUCAACUUCUUGGACCUUUUGGAUAUAUUGAUAAGGAGCCCAGGCAGCAUAAAGCGAGAGGAGAAACUGGAAGACUUAAAACUGCUUUUUGUUCAUGUGCAUCAUCUUAUAAAUGAAUAUCGACCCCACCAAGCCAGGGAGACAUUGAGAGUCAUGAUGGAAGUGCAGAAACGUCAGCGUUUGGAAACGGCAGAGAGGUUCCAGAAGCAUUUGGAACGAGUUAUUGAAAUGAUCCAGAACUGCUUGGCCUCUCUGCCAGAUGACUUGCCUCACUCAGAUGGAGGGAUGAGGAUAAAAACUGAACCCAUGGACCAUGAAGACAGUCUCAGUUGCAUUGGACAGAAUGACCAGCAGAGAGCAAGCUCUAACCUCAAGAAGGAUCAGGUUUUGGAUAAAGAUGCAAACAUGUGUGGCAUUAUUGAUGAAAUGACAUAAAGACUCUUUAGAGACUUAUUUUGAGUUAAUAAAAGUUAUUGGGAGUGAAAAUAAAACUGAUGCUGAAGAGCUCAGUAGAGUUUGAGAUUUUCUUCUAUGCUGCCUUUUGAUAGUGAUACUUAAUGAGCAAUCAUGGAACAUGGUCUGUAAAAGACAAUGAACUCUGAUUUAUUUUUAUAGUAUUUCAGUGUGCACUAUGUUUUUGGCUACUUGUCUUUAAAUAAAAGUAAAACCGAUAGAUGGCUUUAUUCUGGAAA